GUUUGCUUCACGAUCCUUCCACCACCUCCCAAAUCGAGUCUCCUCUCUUCUUCUACCCUUUGCUCCCUCCACCUCCAACCACUUCCUGAUCCUUUAUGUUUGACGCUUGCAUCUCUGAUUACCUCUUUCUCUUGGCGUUUGUCGCUGUACCAUUAGUGGUGGAGGCCGUUACGGCUGUUAAGGUGGUGGUAGACGACGAGAUUAGGGUUUUCGAUGUCCCGUACUGGUCGGUCUUGUAAUUGAAGCUUCAGGUCUUCAUACAUGCAAUCGAUCAAGUAGGUAUUCCCAGAUACCCUUGCAAACUGACAAUUGGUGGCAUGCGGAGAUCGACGAUUCGAUCAGUCGACUUCUUAAUCACAAAAUCGGUACUUGUCUUCCGGUGCCGGAAGACUCCGUUCGUCAAAUGGUCUACCGGAGACACUUUUUCGCCGUCGUUAGUGGGUGGCUCUAACUUCGAUGCUAGAGUUUUACGACAUAGUUUGAGUACAAUCGACAAAUAAAACCCGAAAGCUUUCUAUUUCCACCGCUUCUCUUCUACUUCUUCAUCGCUUCUCCAACCUUAAGCAAUCAGCAGGCGCCAGUGGUGGUGGUGGUGUUAUUUGGAGUAAGGAACGGAAGAGUUCUCUAGCAGGGGUAUGCCAGGGGCGCUGCUUCAAUGAAAUCACGUCUACUACUAUUAGAAAUCUCGAAGCAUGGACCUCCAUCGACCGGCACAUAUGAAAUUUAAGGAUAAGUUGCUUGCUUCAUCAUCCCCAGCCCUAUACAAGCCAGGAAGGCGAUUGCUGUUGAUGUUCCCCAAGGAUUGGGCAACAAGGUUGUUUUGGUUUUUAUGCUUGCAGAAGUGGGUCAUACAGAGCCAAACAAGAAGAUAGGCUUUGUAUUCGGCAGCUCAUGUAUCUGGAUAAAUGAGAAAAGGAGUCUAGAAUGUUGGUGUUCAUGGUAAAUUUUGUUGCGUAGAUGAGGAAUCUAAAGGAUUUUUGCUCAGAAAGAGGAUGGGCACAUCAUAAGCUGAAGAAUACAGUUGCAAUCGCAAUGCACAAGCUUUUCAUGGUAACCGAAAAUCAAUAUGCUGCCUGUUAUGCUCUUCGGGAUGUGCGACGGAGGUGGUUUCACUGUCGACUUGCCCACCGCCGUUUCCACUGUUUCUUUUUUUCUUCUAUUUGUUCCACUUUACAGAUUGAUUUAGAUAUUAUAAGGAAUUGGAUGUAA